AGCGGCUGGCAUGACGACUGUGAUUGGAUGAGACGAGUAAAUCUGCUGAGUAAAUCCCCUCAUGGCUCAAGCUGAGAUUUGGACCAGAGAGAUUUGUUUUCCAAGUGAACUCCGCCCUGCACAGACGACAGCACUGUCCGACGCACGACCGCAGCAGGUGCUGCUCUGGCCAAGAUGUGAGGAAAGGUCAUGCCUCUGGUCAAGAGAAACACUGAUCCUCGGCACCUGAGUCACGGUGCAGUGCCUGAUGGAACUGGCAAUGAGCUGGAAUGUGUAACUAACAACACGCUGUCCGCCAUCAUCCACCAGCUCAGUAGUCUGAGUAAACAUGCAGAAGAUGUUUUUGGGGAGCUUUUUAAUGAGGCCAACACCUUUUAUGUGCGUGCAAACUCUCUCCAGGACCGUAUUGACCGCUUGGCUGCCAAGGUCACCCAGUUGGACUCCGGCGUAGAGGAGGUCUCUCUGCAUGACACAAACAUGAGGAAGGUAUUCAGAAGCUCUGCAGUCCAGGACCAGCAGGUUUUUUCAAAGGGCAGCACACCGAGCUCGGUGGCUGACAUGUACAACAGCAGUGACAAGCCUCCUCCCCUCAGCACCCUCACUGCUUACAGAGAGGAUUCCACUGAUGCAAUGAAAUUCUACUCUGACCUGUCGUACUUUUUUGACUUGUGGAAGAAGAAAAUGCUUCAGGACACAGAGGACAAGAGGAAAGAAAGGAUGAGGCAAAAGGAACAGAAGCGGUCCGUGGAAAGCGGCACCCUUCAGCGUGAGGUGAAAAAAGUGAGAAUGGCCCAAAACCGCAGACAUGAGUGGAACAUGAUGGCAUUCGAUAAAGAGCUUCACCCAGACCAUCUGCAUCCACAGAUUCUCCAGCGAGUGGCUUCAUCUGCAGGCCCACUCUCCCCAGAUGGCAGGCCUGACCUCCCAGACCUCCCUGUCCCUUCACUGCCUGUCUGUGCUGCUUGUAACUGUGCCAACAGUCAUGAUUACGAGCCUGGUAACGCACACCCCUGGCCACCUGUGGAGCAUGAAUACCAUAGCAUCGAUGUUAACUACAAGAGAGUAACCUGCACCGCAGAAGAGCCUCCUGCUGCAGAGCAAAUGAACAGUUCAGUAUAUCUGCCUGCAGAUCACAACUCGGCCCCUCCACCUCCUGCCCCUGGCCCACCCAUCCCAGCCUUUGAUUUCCCUCUGAGUACACUACCACCAACACCACAUAAUGGAGUUCUGCAUGUAGGGCCAGACUACCCUCUCCCACCUGUGCUUCCUCCAGGAUCUUAUAUGGUCCCUCCUCCACCCCCACCUCUCCCUCCCCCACGCCUGGCAGGAAACAGUGAAGGCAGCAGAGCUGAGAGUAAACCUGUGAGAAAUGCAAGAAGUGAUUUGUUGUCCGCUAUUUGCAUGGGCAUCCAACUAACAAAAAUCCAAGAGCAGCAGGAACACCAGAAGAAGCAGGAGCCAGAGGACAACGACGUUGCCACCAUUUUGUCACGGCGUAUUGCUGUGGAGUACAGUGACUCUGAUCAAGACUCUGAGCUGGAUGAAAACGAGUGGUCAAACUGACCAAACACAAAAUAGCACACUGUACAAGUUCUGCUUUAUUGGAUCUUCAGUGCAAAUGAAGAAGAAAUUGUGUGUCACUCACUUCAGUCCAUCUAGUGGACUCUACGUGCCGAACCACUGUCCUCUCACUUCAUCCUGUAUUAUUAAUACUGUGCUGGCACAUUAAUGUUUCAUAGAGGAUACGCAUGUUUGCAUACUGUUUAAAAAAACAGAUUAAUUGUGUUAUAAAUGAAUAUUUAGUUUUCUUCCACUGAUUAAAUGUGAACCGUCAACAUUAUUAGUACUGUGCUUUUCUUGACAAGUCAAGAGGUCUGCUGUGAAAAGGGACUAUUACUUACUUACAGCAAACCCUUGAAGGAUUUGUGUAUUAAUGUUUAUUUUAUAGAUUUACACAUUCCUGAUUAUUACCUCAGCUUGUCACAUUUCACUGUCCCUCGGCAUGUGUAUGAACAUUCAGAACACAGAUUUGUUCUGCCAUUAAUCAUUAUUUGUCGUGAUGUCUUUGAAAAUUUGGGCAUGUCAUUACAUUUUUCAAAACUAGCCAGAAAGCCAUGUUGUGAUUGUCUCCUUUAAUGGCUACUCUAUAUUACAACCUAAAUAUCAUACUGUAUUGUUGUUUGUAUUUUAUUUCAUAUGCAGGUGUGCAGAAGCAGAUUUGCUUAGUUUUUGUUAAAUUAUCAAAUUUAAAUCAUUAAAAAAUUACAAC